AUGGUACAUUCUUCUCCUGCAAAGAAAAUAUUUCCAAUGGUUAGUUACUUUGAUUCUAAUAAGGUUGCUCAAAGGAAAAUUAUUGUGAAUCUAAAUGAAAACUAGAAUAAAGGAGACAUUAACGAUGAAUUUUAGUAAAUAAUAAGCUAAGCCUUUGGAGGAGAAAUUAAUACUCCAACUACUUAAUAAUCUGAAGUAUAGCUUUCUAAAUAAGACUCUAAGAUGUCAGAAUUUAAUCAGCUAAACUUAUUUGAUCUUAGAAAAUCGCAAAUACAUGCAAAUCUAUUUUCUGAUUCGAAGUAAGAAGCUCAAGAUAGUAAUGAUGUAUAAUAGCAAAUGCCUAAUGAUUACUAUCAAAACUUCAACUUUUUUGAGGCUACAAAUAAAGGAGCUAUUUAGGAUUAAUAACUUGAUUUCAUAGGAAGAAUUAGCCUCUCAAGUCAUUUUAGCAGUAUUGAGUCCUCAAAUGCAGCUCAAAUUAUAAAAGGAUUUCAAGAAUAAAAAGCUUAAGAAUUGAGAAGGGUUUCUUACUUGAGAGUAACACCAAGUAUUGUUAAUGAAGCCAAAUAAUUUUUUGGUAAAGGUAAAGCAAUGAAAGGAAAUAAGCAAAUUCAGGAAUAAAAAUCAGAAAAUCUAUAUGAGAGCAGUGAUGAAGACGAUACUGAUUUAUUUGAAAGGGAUGUUGAUUUUGAUACUGGAAAAAUGAUGGCUGCAAAGAAUAAACUAUAAACUAAGAAAUCAGGGCCAGUAAAGCUAGCAAUGGGAUAGAGUAUUAACUUAUUUGGAGAUACCAUCAAUUCUUAAGAUCUUUCAAACACUGAUAAGAGAGAAAGCAUUCAAAGAGCAAUCUUUAAUAUUCUCUGA